AUGGCUGGACACGCACACAAGAAGCGGCCCUUGGACGGCCGGCUACAACGCCCAUCGAAAAAGCAGAAGCGGCAAAAGGAAUACCACAGCGACGCCGAGAGCGAGCAAGACCAACAACAAUUUGACGCUGUCAAUCUGCUCGACUCGGACGAUGACAUUCACAAUGCAACUGUCGAAGAUGCCGCUGGUGCCGACGACGAUUCUUCAAGCUCCGACCAAGGCGCAUCCGAUUCUAGAAAGGCCGUGAAGACGAGACCAAAGUCCAAGAGCACCCAAGCGCCGGCGAAAAGAAGGCCGGACGCUGGUGACGAAGAUGACGAAGACGACGAGGACGAAGACGACGAUGACCUCGACGAGAAUGACCAGGCCCAUAGCAAACCGAAAUCCAAGCGAAACGACCCAGGCGCCUUUGCGAAUUCUCUUUCCAAGAUUCUGUCCACCAAGCUAUCGUCGUCGAAAAGGUCGGAUCCCGUACUGGCCCGGAGCGCGGAAGCGCACGAGGCCUCCAAAGCAGCCGUAGAUGGCGCAUUGGAAGCAAAGGCUCGGCGGCAUCUCAAGGAGCAGAAGAGGAGGGCUCUGGAAAAGGGCCGCGUCAAGGACGUGCUCUUGGCUACCAAUAGCGACGUGACCGGAGACCCCGAGGCAUCGACGGCCCAGGUCCUGCAGACGGAGCGGAAACUACGAGAGGUGGCGAAACGCGGCGUUAUUAAAAUGUUCAAUGCCGUGAGGGCGGCACAGGUCAAGGCCGCCGAGGCUGAGAGGGAUGUCAAAAAGACUGGAGUCAUUGGCAGCAACCGUCGGGAGGAAAAGGUCAAUGAGCUCAGUAAAAAGGGCUUUCUCGACCUGAUCGCUUCUGGAGGCGGUGGCUUGAAGAAGGGCGCGCUAGAGGAGGCGUAA